CUACCACACCGUCGAUGCGAACGUCUACUUUACCCAAACCAUGUCCGCAACUCAUACUAGUCUAGAUGCUGCGGCAGUCGAUCGAAAGGCUAGACUCGCCAAACUCGCUUCGCUCAAGCGCAAGCAACCCGACUCUGGAUCCACGGGAAACGCUACGCCAGAUGAAAAGCAAGAGAAUGAUCAGUCGACAUCGACGUCCACAGAUAAAUAUCUCUCUGGCAGGAAUUACGAUAUAGCCUCGAAAAAUGCCAAGCUCGGUUUCGAGAAUGUUCCCAUAGCGAAUGUCGAGACGUUGGAACAGCAGGCCGAUCGCAUUGCGGCCGCGACGGCCGAGCAAGCCGCGCAGGACGAGGCAGAGGCAGAGAAAGGCAUCGACCUGUUCAAACUACAGCCGAAGAAGCCGAAUUGGGAUUUGAAGAGGGACUUGGCAGAGAAAAUGAAGAUCCUGGACGUCCAGACACAAAAUGCGAUUGCAAGACUGGUCAGACAGAGAAUCGAAGGCGCGAAGAAGGAGGCCCUGGACAAAGGCAAGGCACCGGCGGAGGCAGAAAAUGGCUAUCAAGGAGAAGAGGUCGGCAUCGAGGGCAACACCUUGGUCGAAGGUAUCCACCUGCGCGAGCAAGAAGAGGAGAAAGAGGCUGCCCUCGAAGAAGAAGAGGACGACAUCUCUUGAGCCAGAGCCCCGCCAUUCAAAGCAAGCCCGCCGGCGACAAUAGAAUUGACAGGCAACCUUGUUAGCCGAGUUCUGGCUCGGACCGCAUAUCGCCAUCAUCGCUGAGCUCAACGUUUUAUCGCACACUUCGCAGGCACAGGAGGAAGGCCAGACCACGGAAGCCACUUUCACCUUACAAACCACAUCCUAGGACUGUGCAAGUGUGUACUUGGCGUUCAGUACGUCAGAAUCGCGGUCGCGGUCACGGUUGCGACACCUGGUUCACCUGAGGUCGUGGAACAUACCGCGUCUAGUAGUUUGCAAGAUCGAAGCGGGAUGGUGCCCUUUGACUCUUCGGAUCCACCACAUGGAGGGGAGGUGUCGAUGGUUCAAUAGAAUGGCAGCAUUCACAUCUGGUGCACUGCAGCAGGAUAACGCGCCUACAUGGUCCUCGCACGGAUUACGUGGCAGGCUAUUCUCGACUGUACUACUUUCUCAGAGUUGGUCAGUAUACCGCACGGCCAGAGAUGCAGGAGCGUCAUGAUCAAGAACGAUUCACAGUGCAUAUGACGCAAGAAGGGAGAGCAUUCCACAAGUGAAUAGAGCAUCUAUUGCGUGGAACAGGCGAAGGGUCAAUUAGACCUACAACGUAGCCUCUAUCGUCAAGCAAAAACCCUUCCAAUACGCAUACAAUGUUAUACUUCUUUGACAUUAACAGCACGAGGUCCAGCCUUGAUAUUCCAAAAAUGUAACGAUAG